AACAAACUGUCACGUGAUCACAGUCUUUUCACUCGUUUCUCCUGUGACCCAGUUUCUGUUCAGAUGAAAACAUGUUCUACAGGUAUUCACCCUCAGCUGGAGCAUAAGCUUCUAACUGGUUUAAUCUGAAACCAGAUGUGUCACCAAACAAUGGGAGGAGGCUCACACAGAUUAUCAGAUUAUCAGAUAAACCUGCAGUUUGAAUCAUGAUGAAAUUAUUCCAGUCGUGAGACGUCGUCUUCAACGCUGGAAGGAAAAGUGGAGAAAACAUUAUAAAUUCAAGAAAAGGAUUUACAUGAGCUGUGAUUGAUUUCCCGGAGGCAGGUAGACACUGUGAGUAUUUUAAUUAGACAAGCAGCUGAAGACAAGCAGCUGAAGACAUGCAGCCGUCCGUCAGGAAGAGGCCGAGCUCAGGUCUGCGUGCAGCGAGGUUCAUCUGCAGUCGCUCGGCGAGUUCUGCAGAGACGGUUCUGCCGAAGCCUCGGUUCCACCUGGACCUCUGGCUCAGCUUCACCGUCCAGAACUGGGUCCUGGACGUGGGCCGACCUGUUGUCAUGCUCGUCCUCCCAGCGAACCUGUUUCCUCUGAACCGUCCUGGGGCAGCAGAGGUUCUCCACAUUCUCUACAAUGUCACAGCUCCGCUCAUCCUGCUCAAAAUGCUCGAGCGCAGUCCCAGGAUCCUGCCCCUCCCGGUCGUCCACCUCGGCAUCAUCGCCGUCGUCAUGGGAACCAGCUUCCACCUGGUGGCCGACUCCAUCAGUCGUCGGCUCGUGUUGAUUGGCUACGAGCUGCACCUGUCAGUCAGAGAGAACCCGGUCAUGAAGGAGCUCAGACCCUCCUCAUUGAUGGAUGUUUUCGAGCUCCUGUUUCAUUACGACGACACUCUGGGUCACCUGAUGUGGUAUGUUCCUCUGUUCCUCGUCCUCCUGUUCUUCUUCAGUGGAUGUUUCUGCCACAGGACGCAGGCGGACAGGAUGACCCCAGCAGCCUGGACGCUACUCGUUCCAAACGCCACCUACUACUGGUUCCUGAUGACUGAAGGACAAACCUUCAUCCUCUUCAUCUUCACCUUCUUUGCAAUGACCGCCACAGUGAUGCACCAGAGGGGGCGGGGCCUGGUCCCUGACAGUAACGGCCUCUUCAUGCUCAACAGUUUCUCUGCAGCUCUGGUCCUGGUGCUGGUCUGGGUGUUGUGUCUGUGGAACGACGGCGUCCUGAGGAGGAAACACCCGGGGCUGAUCUACGUCCCUCAGCCUUCUGCUGUCUAUUCACUGCACCUCCGCCAGGCCAACUCCUCCCAGACAUGAACUGCUCCUCUGAUCGUUUCUCUGCUGGUGACGUUCAAAUGUUACAUGUCGUGAGAGUUGGAGGAUACAGUUCACCCUGAACCACAGAUACAACCAGAAUCUCCUGCUGCUGUUCCACCAACCUGUGCAGAGUCAGAGUCACAUGAGUUCAC